UAAUGCCAUUUUCCACAAUUAAAAACCCAGCUAAACCAUCUCUGUAAUAUUCCAUCAACUUCUCAACCAUCUCUGUAAACAAAAAAAAAAAAUCAAAUCUUUUUAAAAAUGGGUUUGCUCAAAUCCCUUAAUCAUCAUCUUCUUCAUGCUCAAUAACAUUUUCAUAAUCAAAUUCCUUUCAUUUCUUGGUCUCAUAGCAAUUUUUUUACUCUUUUAUUCGAUUCUCACAGUACCAGAUCCAAUGCAGAAUGUACAAAUCAACGAAGCUGAAACCAACAAAACUGACGUUUAUUCAGUUUGGGCGAUUCCAUCGGAAGAUGUAAGUGUUAGGGUUAAGAAAUUGAUGGGUAGUCUUAGAUCGGAAUUUGGUGGCCCCCAAUUUGAACCUCACGUGACUGUCGUCGGAGCGGUGAGGUUAACGGAGGAAGAAGCACGUGACAAGUUUAGAAAAGGAUGUGAAGGGGUGAAGAAGGUGUAUAGUGGUACUGUGGAGAAAAUUGAUAUUGGGACUUUUUUUUAUCAAUGUGUUUAUCUUUUGCUUCAUCCAACUAAUGAGGUUGUGGAGGCUAGCGCACGCUGCUGCAGCAGCUUUGGUUACAACAGCUCAAGUCCAUAUAUGCCUCAUAUGAGCAUUCUUUAUGCCGAUUUGACGGAUGAAGAAAAGAAGAAAGCUCAAGAGAAGGCUUAUAUCCUUGAUGAGAGCAUUGGCAACUUAAGCUUCCAGAUAUCUCGCCUUGCAUUGUAUAAAACAGACACCGAAGACAAAAGCCUUAAAUCGUGGGAGAAGAUUGAAGAGUACAAUCUCAGCUAGCUCUAACUAGUUCUAACAACACUGUUAACUCUCCGCGAGCUCAAACUCUUUGCUCAAGAAAACGUGGCGUACCUUAUCUUUACCUUAAUUUUCAUUGCCAGCAACUUUUUCAAGUCUUAUACAUGAGAAACUGUGCUGUUGGGGCUUCCUUUUUCUGUAUAUUUUGGGUUUUGCAAAACUUCCAGGAGUUAUUAAUCAUAUACGACCAUAUAAAGCGUUGCAACUGCCAUUUUUUGGUCUUUA